UUCUUUUUUUUGGGUAUGGGUAUAGGGUCCAAGUCCUUAAGAAAUUUACUCUAGCUCUUAGCAGGAAUGAGUUUCUGCUGAUUUUGCCUUACUUUAUCUUCAGACAAACUGCCACCAGAGGCAAUUGUACAUGUGCUGCACUACUUGAGCAUCGAAGAACUCCUAAAGAUUUCUACAGUGUGUUCAUGCUUUCAUAACAUCAUUUUUAGUACAUCAAAACUGUGGGAAGAUUUCAGCUUCAUAGGCCCAUUAGAAUUAAGUGAAAAAAGAUUUGAUAUCAUAGCUCAACAUUCAUACAGUUUCAUAGCAUUUCGCAUUGGAAAUGCUCGGAGUGAUAUUGAGACAGUUGAUAUUGACUUCCAUCUAACAAAAACUCUUCAGAUGAGCAACAAACUUCAAUGGCUUGAGCUAGAUGGUUGCAAUAUGUCAACUCUUAGCUUUCUGAGAUAUCUGCCAAGACUAGAGAUUCUCAGCUUAUCUCGGUGUGAAAACAUAACUGAUGAUGAUCUAUCAGCCAUAAAAUAUGUGCCAAAACUGGAGCAGUUAUACAUUUCACAUAUGGGAUUAUCAGCAAGCCAAGUACUGUUCAAUUUAACUAAACACAGACUGCAUAACCUAUAUGCCCUUGACUGCCAGGGAGUGGAAUUCAUAUUUACUGAAGCUCUUACGAUGAUGGUCAUACAGAAGCACCUGAUCUUCUUUGGCUUGAGCCUUUUUGAAACAUUUACUCCGCACACAUUCGAUAAUACGCUGGGAAAAUGGUUUCCUGAUACUGAGUUUAGGAUCUUCUAGACGAAGAAAAGCAAAUAAAGAAAAGACAAAGGAAGUCAAGUGUAGAUAAAGACAAAACAAUUAGAACCAUUACAAGAUCAUGAGUAGAAAGAGUGACUCAAGAUAAAUAU